AGGAGGCGGAGCCAGUGGCGGCUGCUGCUGCUGCUGUCGCCGUGGCAGCGGAAGGCCGCGCUGGAGGAGGGAGGGAGGGGCAGCCGGGAGCCACCUGGUGCGUCCGCAGGGGCUGCAGGUGAGCCGGGCGACGGGGACCCCAUAGGGGUGGCAUUGGGAGGCGGAGCGAGGAGGGUGGCAGGCAGGCAGGUAGCCCAUGCCUCUACGUGCCAGUUGCUGGGAGAACAGCAGGCAGCCCGUCCGCCAGGGCUGCUUGCCUGCCUUUGUGCCCAUCCUCGUGGGCUUCCCUGGGGCACCUGCCUUGCUUGGCCAGCAGGCGAUGGGGCCUCGGGUGGCGCUUGGGGUGGAAUAUGAUGCUCGCCUUUAGCAGCUGCAGUAGCUAGAGACGAGCCUCCCUGUUCAGGGACAGUCUAUCUCACGGGACCAGCUGGUUAUCUCCCGCUUGGACUACUGCAAUGCGCUCUGCGUGGGGCUACCUUGGAAGGUGACCUGGAAACUACAACUAAUCCAGAAUGCGGCAGCUAGACUGGUGACUGGGAGCAGCCGCCGAGACCACAUAACACUGGUCUUGAAAGACCUACAUUGGCUCCCAGUAUGUUUCCGAGCACAAUUCAAAGUGUUGAUGCUGACCUUUAAAGCCCUAAACAGCCUCAGUCCAGUAUAUCUGAAGGAGCGUCUCUACCCCCAUCGUUCAGGUCCAGUGCCGAGGGUCUUCUGGCGGUUCCCUCACAGCGAGAAGCCAAGUUACAGGGAACCAGGCGGAGGGCCUUCUCGGUAGUGGCGCCCGCCCUGUGGAACGCCCUCCCAUCAGAUGUCAAAGAGGACAACAACUACCAGACUUUUAGAAGACAUCUGAAGGCAGCCCUGUUUAGGGAAGCUUUUAAUAUUUGAUGUAUUACAGUAUUUUAAUAUUUUUUUGGAAGCCGCCCAGAGUGGCUGGGGAAGCCCAGCCAGAUGGGUGGGGUAUAAAGAAUAAAUUAUUAUUAUUAUUACUAUUUUGGGGUGGCUUUUUUUGUGUGGGCUUCCGAUUGCCAAAGGGUUGGCCACUGUGACAGAACAGGAUGCCGGGCUAGGUGGUCCGGGGAAGCUCGUUUUGUAGGAAGGGUUAGGUUGGGUCGCAGCCACAGGUGGGAAUAAUGGGAGCAUCCAUGUUCAGGGGGAGUGGACCACUGGGUAGAGCUGUGAAUCAGCUGUUUGGCAAGGCUGCCCAAGUGUGUUUUAUCAUCAGUAGAAACACAAUAGAGCUGAGCUGUAAAAGGAAGGUUUCAUCAGCUGGCAAUUUGUGUGUGUGUUUUUAAAGAGUUGUCUUGAUUUUAUUCAACCUCUUCUUAUGAUUUGUUUUGUAUUGUAACCUUGAGAUGUGGUCCAAGAAUACUUUAAUAAAGUAAAGACACUCCCUCCCAUCCUUCUAAACACAUAAAUGUUUUGACGCUCCCUGCCACAAGGCUGGCUUCUAUUUAUUUAUGUUAUUUAUUUCCCAUAAAUAUGCAUAAAUACAUAGCCAAAGAGGGGCCCGUCAGUGUGUCCCUUUGGAGGGAGUUCCACAGGUACCACCAAAAAUAGCUUCCUCCCCUGCUAGGCAGCAACAUCUACAGAGCUAAAGGUUCCCCAUAUUUAUCUGAAUGGCAGAUGAAUGGUAGGCCUUCAUUACAGUUGUUAAAUUGAGUUUAAAACCACAUCCUGACUGGUGAAGUGGGUCUCGGCCCUGGAAAAAUGUGGCAAAAAUAUUCUCAGAGUGGCUGAAAAGUAAAUCUCUCUAGGAAGUGUAAGCUCUGUGAGAGGACUAGGCAUCACCAAACAACUCCUUACCAAACUACAGUUCCCACGAUCCUUUGGAGGAAGGCACAACUUUUAAAGUGGGGUGAUACUGUUUUAGCUGUAUAGUAUAGAUGAGGCCUUACUCAGGGCUUUAUAUGCCAAUAGCACGGCCUUAUCCUUCACCUGAUAGCACAUUGGCAGUUCUUUCAGCAGAGUUGUUAUGUGCUGUCAAUAAGGCACCCCCUUCAACAGCCUUGCUGAUCCAUUCUGCAUUGGCUGCGACUUCUGAACCAACCUUAAGGGAAGCUCCACACAGAGUACAUAAGGAUACACUGAAAUAAGGAAAUGGGCGACAAGCCUAUUGGGAACCCAAGCAUCAAAGCCUAUUGGGAACCCAAGCAUCAAAGCCUAUUAAGAGCCCAAGCAUCAAAGCCUAUUAGGAGCCCAAGCAUCAAAGCCUAUUAAGAGCCCAAGCAUCCCAAUACAGUGGUGCCCCGCAAGACAAAUGCCUCGCAAGACGAAAAACUCGCUAGACGAAAGGGUUUUGCGUUUUUUGAGUCGUUCCGCAAGACGAAUUUCCCUAUGGGCUUGGUUCGCAAGACGAAACGUCUUGCGAGUUUGUUUCCUUUUUCUUAAAGCCGCUAAGCCGUUAAUAGCCGCUAAGCCGCUAAUAGCCGCUAAGCCGCUAAUAGCCGUGCUUCGCAAGACGGAAAAAACCGCAAGACGAAGAGACUCGCGGAACGGAGUAAUUUCAUCUUGCGAGGCACCACUGUAUAGAGGGAUACAAUCUCUCUCUUUUUUUCUCUCCUUUUUUUUUAAAAAAAAAUGUUUCUUGUGUUUGGUUAUUUUGCACAGAAGCCUAAAAAGGAUCCAUCAUGGCCAAAGAUAUCCUAGGCGAAGCAGGCUUUCACUUUGACGAACUGAACAAACUGAGGGUUUUGGACCCGGAGGUGUCCCAGCAAACGAUUGAGCUGAAAGAAGAAUGCAAAGUAUUUGUAGACAGUAAGUUCCCUCUCUGCCGAGCACAGGCCUGCAUCUCUCACUCUUUGGGGAAACAUUAAUGUUUGGUCAAAGGGCUGGUUCACACACAUUGCUUGACUGUUCACUGCUUGUCUCCCGUUUACUGUCUCCCGUUUACUGUUGAAUUCUGGUUCAGAAAUCAAGAACAGCGAUUAGCAAUGACAGCAUCUUCCCAACUUGCCUAUGUUUGUUUAAUAACCGUGGUGGGAGAGAGAGAACCUUGGUCUUGAUUGUUUCUGUUCCUCCUUUCCAGAAAUUGCAGAAUUUAAGAAAAUAGUGGGCAGCCUCAUCGAAUUGGUAGAUCAGCUAGCAAAAGCAACCGAAAAUGAGAAGAUUAAGGUAACCUGACGGGGCAAAGUGACGAGCCUGUGUUUUUUCUCUCUACUCCAGACGUCAGAAUAAGUAGGCUAGCCCUUUGUUGCAUGCGCCUUUUCUCCAGUAAUUUUUUGUUCCCCAACAGACAUGCAGCAUCGUGCGACUAUUGUUAAAACUGGACAGUAGUUGGGUUUCCCGGUUGGGAAUUAUCCAAGGCCCUUUUGAAGCACAGAUUCAUAACUGAAGAGGAGGCUUUCCCUCUUGAGAGAGCAAGAAGAGGAUACCUCUCUUGAGAUGAUGCCUUCUGCAAGACAUGCAUUGUUUAAAAACCAGUUACCGUUUAUUAUUAUUAUUAUUCAGAGCAUUUAUUUUCUCCUAUGCACAUUUCAUUGAGUGACGCGGGUGGCGCUGUGGGUUAAACCACUGAGCCUAGGACUUGCCGAUCAGAAGGUCAGUGGUUCAAAUCCCCGCAACGGGGUGAGCUCCCAUUGCUCGGUCCCAGCUCCUGCCAACCUAGCAGUUCAAAAGCACGUCAAAGUGCAAGUAGAUAAAUAGAUACAGCUCCAGUGAGAAGGUAAACAGCGUUUCUGUGUGCUGCUCUGGUUUGCCAGAAGCAGCUUAGUCAUGCUGGCCACAUGACCCGGAAGCUGUAUGCCGGCUCCCUUGGCCGAGAAAGCGAGAUGAGCGCCGCAACCCCAGAGUCGGCCACGACUGGACCUAAAUGGUCAGGGGUCCCUUUACCUUUACAUUUGACUGAUGAAGUGAGGAACGUACGAUUGCGUCAAUACAAUUUCGGGUGAUGGCCCUGCUAUUUUCAAAUCACAGAAUCGUAGAAUUGUAGAGUUGGCAGGGACCACGAAGGUCCUCUAGCCCAACCCGCUGCAAUGCAGGAAUCUUUUGCCCAACAUGGGGCUCAAACCCACAACCCUGAGAUUAAGAGUCUCUUGCUGUGCUGGCUGAGAGACUUACAAGUCCGUGGCUGGCAAACAUCUUCUGAAAGGGUGCUUGGUUGUGAUCGCAGGAAGGCGUCAUCCAAGUGGGGUAUGUGCAAAGACACUUUAAAAAAGUUUUCUCCACCUGCAAUAUAUGUGCAGAUUAAAAGCAACCACUUCUUUAAUCCAUUGAAGCUCCAUUCAUUGUAGGUAAGAUUUAUUUCAUUGCGUCGCAUCACUAAGAAUCAGUCCCCCCUCCACCCCCAAAUUGGAGGGCUGCUAAGGUGCUCCGGGAUCGCCCAGAAUAAAAUUCCUCUUUCCGCAGGCAAUUGGCGCCCGCAACUUGCUGAAGUCCAUAGCGAAGCAAAGAGAAGCCCAGCAGCAGCAGCUUCAGGCGCUGAUAGCCGAGAAGACAACACAGCUGGAAAGGUGCGAAAAGAAAAGGGAUACAGGAAAGCUUUCCCCCAUCUCUCAUAACACCAGAACCCAUGGACCGCCAAAGAAGCUGAAUGUCGGAAGAAUCAGGACAGACAAAAUACUAUUUCACACAGCGCAGAGUUAAACUAUGGCACGUCCUCCCAUAAGAGCCAGUGGUGGCCACCAAUUUGGUGGAGCAGGAGGAGGAGGAGGAGGAGGAUGAUAAUAAUAAUAAUAAUAAUAAUAAUAAUAAUAAUAAUAAUUUAUUAUUUAUACCCCGCCCAUCUGGCUGGGUUUCCCCAGCCACUCUGGGCGGCUUCCAACAAAAUAUUAAAAUACAAUAGUGCGUCAAACAUUAAAAGCUUCCCUAAACAGGGCUGCCUUCAGAUGUCUUCUAAAAGUCUGGUAGUUGUUUUUCUCUUUGACAUCUUAUUGGAGGGCGUUCCUCAGGGCGGGUGCCACUGCCAAGAAGGCCCUCUGCCUGGUUCCCUGUAACUUUGCUUCUCGCAGCGAGGGAACUGCCAGAAGGCCCUCGGCGCUGGACCUCAGCCAGUCAUAGAAUCAUAGAGUUGGAACGGACCCUGAGCAAGUCCAACCCCCCUGCAAUGCAGGAACAUGCAGAUGUCCCAUAAAGGGAUUCAGCCUUGGCGUUAUCAGCACCACUCUCUAGCCAACUGAGCUGUCAUGUCUCUUUGAAUGUUUUUACUUUGUGGGCGGCAAAAAUGAGAGGAUCUUGUGAGGCACCUUUGAGGCGAAGAUGUGCCCUGUAGGAGUCCUGCCACUACCUGCACAAUAAAUAAGCACAAAUCGAUACAAAUAGUAUUUAUAUUAUAUAUAGAGAGAAAAAAGAUCAAGAGCUUGACAGUUGCAGAAACGCAUACAGAAUCCUUCAAAACAAGGAAUACUGUCAACCACCUGCUGCAGAUCACUGUUUGUUUUUUUAAAAAAGUCCCUUUUUCAAGUUCAUGCAACUGACUGACAGCUUCUAAUUCCCCGGGGUGUUUUUUUUGGGGGGGGGUGUCAAUCAGCAGGGAGUUCCAAAGGUGCUGCUACACUAAAAGAUCGAUUUCUUGCACUGCCGUAACAAGUGUUAUUUGGCAUCUGUAGCCAUGCCAGUUCUGCAGAUCGAAAUGGUCAAGUGGGCAUACAGGGGAUGAAGUAAUCUAGCCCCACGUUCAUGCAAUUGCCUGGUGGUUUCUAAUUCCGGCUGAAAUCUGAGAAAAACCAAACUUGGGAAGGGAGCUUUUAACCUGUGAUCUGUAGCAGGUGGCCAACAGUAUUCCUUAUCUGGGGAAUGCUUUUGCUUAUGCUUGUAAAACUCUGAUGCCAGCCUUUUGUGUUCAUAUAGUAAGAGAUACUGUUUGGAUGUAUUUGAGUCUUGCUUAUUACACACUUUCGAAGCUGAAAGCCCUUCAUGGCAAAAGCAGAGAGCCCGGGUGCCUAAUCUGCAGCCUUCCAGGCACUGCCGAACUACAACUCCCAUCAUUCCUGGCAUGCAUGGCCAAUAGCCGGGGUUGGGAGGGAGGUUGCAGUUCAGCAACAUCCCUCCUCACCUGUCCUUGUUCAUCAGGAGCUUGGCAAAAAGGGCAAGCUUUUACCUUGUGCCAAGGAAGAGGUUGGUGAAGAUGCCAGGUGGGCCUCAUUGGAGAGAGUCUUCCACAGAUGUGGAGCCCCAACUGAAAAGGGAUUUCUCCUAUAGCGCCAUUCUUGAAACCUUCCCCAAAGAAGGGAAAUAGAUCUGGUCAUUGAGCACACUGAUUCAGACUGACGGAAAGCUGCCAGGGCUGUUCUCGUGUAAAGCAAAAUCUGGAAGGUCAAAAGUUAGCGAGUCCUGACUAGAGCCCACUUUUUCAGACACGCUAAGUGGGCAAUUCCUGUCAUCUCUUGACCCUUCAGCCAUUUUGGCCAGCCGUGGCUAAUUGGACUCGGAAGAUGGCCGAGCUAACACAUUUGCUUUGCUUUUUCUCCAGGUACCGCAUCGAAUAUCAAACGCUGUGUAAAAUAGAAGCGGACCAGAACGAAUUCAUCGACCAAUUCAUUUUCCAGAAGUAGAGAGAGAGAGAAUGAGAAUGAGAGAAUUUAUGACCAGCACCAAACACACUGGGAAAUCUUGAACCAUUCCUAUAGUCUAAUGGGGGUUUUUUAGGGGGGGGGGCAAUUUUGACCUUUUUAUUUUUUGAAUUGACCAAGAUCACCUCUCAAAAACAAAACAAAAAAAGUUUAGAUCUUAAAUACUCUUUUGGACUUACUUUAGGUCUGGCAAUAAGAUAUUUCUAAAAGGUAUUUAGGGACAGCUACAGCUAUUGUAUUUUUAAAGAUUUUUUAAAAAUGGCCAGUCAUUUAUAUAGUCAUCAGACUGUUCUGUGUUUUACACAACUUCCCAUUGUUCUUUUUUUUUUUUUGGUUUUUAUAAAAAAAGCCCUGUAAAAUACCUUCAAGGAAAUCAGGAAAUAAAUUAUUGUUUUU